AUGGCUACCUCUAACAAGGCUUGUUUGAGAUUAGGUCUAUUAAACAUUAGGUCUAUAAACACUGGUCAAGAUGAACUAACAGCAACGCUUCUUAACUACUCGCCUGAUAUCGUAGCCCUCAAUGAAACCUGGCUCAAAUCGGGCGAAGAGGCUGCGGUACCUUCAAUCCCGAAUUACAAAUUUCUACACAGGGCCAGACAAGGUAAAAAAGGUGGUGGGGUGGGUUUUUAUGUUAGACAAGGUAUCACUACUAAGGUACAAAAACAUCCUACAUCUGCGCUUGAACAACUCUGGCUUGAAGUCCAAUUACAGGGUACCAAGUUGGCCAUUGGCACUGCCUAUAGACCAGAGUCUGUGGGAAUUCAAGAGGCUCUGGACGCCCUCAGCGAGUCCAUUAACACUAUGGCAAGAUGUGACGUUACAUGUGUCUUGGGUGAUAUUAACAUAGAUAUGGCAAGUCCGUAUACUCCAAAAGCGCAAGAACUUAUACACUUCUGCCAUCAACACAACCUCGAACAACUGGUUAAGGAACCCACCCGAAUCACGCAGCACUCCGAGACCAUUCUAGAUCUCGUUCUAACCGAUAAUUUAAAACACAUACCCUGGGGAUCCAUAGGUGACCUUCAAGAUGUUGAUCAAAUGGUUGAAACAUUUAAUAGUUAUAUGCUUUCACUGUUUGAUACUCACGCUCCAAUGCGUAAAAUAAUCUGUCGGGAUAAGCCGAAACCGUGGAUUACAAAUAUGGACCCUGCUGCGCUAUGGAGGAAUAUUAAAAAAAACACCCAGGUAAAUAACACUAAGCCAGGCGCAAUUCCUGAACAUCUAAACGACCCAGAUAAAAUUAAUGAUCAUUUCCUCAACUUACCACCUUGCCCUGGAACAAAUCUGGAUACGAAUAGUAUGAAACUGAUGGAUAUAUCGGAACACGAGGAGCUUAACUUAAAACCAGUCUCAGAGAAGGAAGUAAAAAAUAUUAUCUACAAUAUAAAAACCAAGGCAGCGGGACACGAUGAUUUGAGCAUCGACAUGAUAAAGCUGACCUUGGAAGUUACACUACCUAUAAUAACUAAGAUGGUGAAUAAGUCUAUUGAAACAAACACAUUCCCCUCUAGUUGGAAGAAAGCGUUAGUUAAACCAAUCCAAAAAAUAAAUACAGUGCUCGAACUAAAAGAUCUUCGCCCGAUUUCAAUCUUACCGGUAUUAUCAAAGGUCCUAGAGAAAGUGGUACUGGUUCAAGUUCUUAAAUACCUAGAGAAUAAGAAUAUAAUUCCAAAGCUGCAAUCAGGCUUUCGUAAAGCGCAUGGCACUGAAACCGCACUCCUACAAGUUACAGACGAUCUGACGGAGGCAUCGGAUAUGGGGCUUAGCUCUAUUAUGGUGCUACUAGACUAUUCGCGGGCAUUUGACUGUUUGGAGCCGAAACUGCUUCUAGCCAAACUGAGGCAUUAUCGUUUCUCAAUAAACACGUGUCACUGGUUUCAUUCAUUUCUUAACGAGAGACAACAAUCCGUCAUAAUCGAAAGCAAAGAAGGUUUAAAGAGAUGUUCCGCUGCUAAAUCUGUCCAACGUGGUGUGCCUCAGGGUUCCCUGUUGAGUCCGACUCUUUUUACAAUUUAUACAGCAGAUUUACCUACGCAAAUAAAACACUGCAAGUACCACCUCUAUGCUGAUGAUACUCAACUGUACUACUCAUUCGACAGCAAAAACGCAGUAGAAGCCGCGGUUAAAAUUAACGAGGACCUGAGGAACGUCUACAGAAAGGUAUACUCAACAUGGAAGCAAGAAGAGAGCUCCAUUACGCCUGUACUGUCCAUAGAGUGA